AUGGGGCGAACAGAUUUUGUAGCAACAUUAUUCUCACUUUCUUUCAGCGUUACGGUCGUGUUGUCCGGCUCAGCCUCGGCUCAACUCAAACCGAACUAUUACGCGAAUGUCUGCCCUGACGUCGAGAACAUUGUCCGACGAGUCGUAACCGCUAAGUUCCAACAGACUUUUGUUACUGUCCCGGCCGUAAUCCGCCUCUUUUUCCAUGAUUGUUUCGUCUCGGGUUGCGAUGCAUCGGUAAUAGUGGCGUCGACUCCCGGAAACACAGCCGAAAAGGAUCAUCCGGAUAACUUAUCGCUGGCCGGAGAUGGAUUCGACACGGUGAUCAAAGCUAAGUUAGCCGUUGAUGCGGUCCCCAGAUGCAAAAAUAAGGUCUCUUGUGCUGAUAUUCUUGCAUUGGAUACUAGGGAUGCCAUUGUCCUGUCUGGUGGGCCUACGUACACCGUGGAGUUGGGCCGACUGGAUGGGCUGAGUUCAACGGCCGCAAGUGUGAAUGGAAAUCUGCCUCAGCCAGGCUUCAAUUUGAAUCAGCUCAAUGCCAUGUUUGGUUCCAGGGGAUUGACUCAGGAGGACAUGAUUGCUCUCUCAGCCUGCCACACCGUAGGAUUCUCACACUGCAACAAAUUCUCGAACCGAAUAUACAAUUUCAGCCGUCAAAACCCGGUUGACCCGACCCUAAAUCCACAAUACGCGGCCCAAUUGCAGGGAAUGUGCCCGAUAAAUGUGGACCCUAGGAUCGCCGUCAGUAUGGACCCGACAAGUCCGAGGACGUUCGAUAAUGCCUACUUCCAGAAUCUUGUCCAGGGCAAGGGCCUCUUCACCUCGGAUCAAGUAUUGUUUACGGACACGAGGUCAAGAAACGCGGUUGCUACUUGGGCCUCGAACAGUGGGGCCUUUAAUGCUACUUUUAUCCAGGCCAUCACUAAAUUGGGCCGGGUUGGUGUCAAAACCGGGACGAACGGAAAUAUCCGGUUCGACUGUGGCAGAUUUAAUUAA